CGAGAAGUCGGAGGAAAAAGCGUCGCAGCAUUUGAACUACGGACAGUCAGUUAAAAGAAGGCAUUUUCAAUAGAAGCGAAAAUCCGCAAUCAUGGCUGAAACUAAUCCGGAUCUUGGGGAUAAUGUUAAACAAGAAGAAUCGUUAGAUGCUUCUCCGGUCAUCGGGGGAGAUGAAGAGGCACUACAAGAAAACACAAAUGGCGUUAAAACUGAUGCAGAGGAGACUCCCAGGGAGAAGUCAGAGGCAAAAGAAAAAGAGAAAUCCUCUGGUGGCCGAAAGUCCAAUCGCUAUCACCCCUAUAAGGACAGGCAUGGUGGACCUGGAGACAAGAAAGCUGCCCACCGAAAUCGCGUGUUUAUUAGCAAUAUUCCAUAUGAUAUGAAGUGGCAAGCAAUUAAAGAUCUAAUGCGAGAGAAAGUCGGUGAGGUUACAUACGUGGAGCUCUUUAAGGAUGCUGAAGGAAAGUCAAGGGGCUGUGGGGUGGUUGAAUUCAAAGAUGAGGAGUUUGUGAAGAAAGCGUUGGAGGUCAUGAAUAAGCAUGAUCUCAAUGGCAGACCUCUGAACAUCAAAGAGGAUCCUGAUGGAGAGCAUGCACGACGAGUGCUGCAGCGGGGUGGGGGAAUGUACCCUGGAGGCAGGGGGCAGGAUGGGGGUCCAGGAGGAAUGAGUCUGCCUCCCUCCAUUGUUAACAAUCCCAACAUCCCCCCUGAGAUCAUCAGUGCGCUACAGGCGGGGAGACUCGGGUCCACAGUUUUUGUGGCCAACUUGGAUUUUAAGGUGGGCUGGAAGAAGCUGAAGGAGGUGUUCAGUAUGGCUGGAGUGGUUAAGAGGGCAGAUGUGAAGGAGGAUAAGGAUGGCAAGAGCAGAGGCAUGGGCACUGUCACCUUUGAACAACCACUUGAGGCUGUGCAGGCCAUCUCCAUGUUCAAUGGUCAGAUGCUGUUUGACAGACAGAUGCAUGUUAAAAUGGAUGAUAAGUCUCUUCCACCAGAUGACUUCCGUCCGGUUGAGAAGCCACCUCAGUUGCCCAGAGGUCUGGGGGGAGUUGGAAUGGGUUUGGGCCCAGGUGGGCAGCCAAUCAACACCAACCGACUGAGUGGUGGAGGGAUGGGAUCAAUGGGUCCUGGAGGUAUGGAUGGAGGUGGCUAUGGAGGCAUGAACAGAAUGGGAGGAAUUGGUGGUGGAUUUGGGGGCAUGGAUGGAGUGGGUGGGAUGGCUGGAUUCGGAGCCAGAGACAUGGCACCCAUGGGUAGAAUGGGAGACAUGUAUCGGUCAGGUAUGGGGGGGAUGGAUCGGGACUUUAGCCGGAGUGAGAUGGGGAUGAACCGGUCUUUUGGUGACUCGUUUGGAGGACUGGGUGGUGGAAUGGGAGGCUAUGGGGGAGGCAUGGGAAGUGCUGGCAUGGGACCCAUAGGGGCAGGAUUAGGAGGUGGUAUAGGCAAUAUGGGCAUGGACCGCAUGGGUGGUGGUUUUGACCGGAUGGGCAGUAACAUGGAAAUAAACAGGGGUAUUGGCCAGUACGGCACUAGCUCUGCUCACAUUGGCAGUGGCAUGUUGGACAGAGGGGCAGGAUCAAAAGCAGGCUGCCAGAUCUUUGUAAGAAAUCUGUCCUAUGAUCUCACUUGGCAGAAACUAAAGGAAAAAUUCAGCCAUUGUGGUCAGGUGAUGUUUGCAGAGAUCAAGAUGGAGAAUGGGAAGUCUAAAGGCUGUGGGACAGUCCGGUUCGAUUCUCCAGAGAGUGCUGAGCAGGCCUGUAGGCUUAUGAAUGGCACCAAAAUAAACGGCAGAGAGGUGGAUGUGCGCAUUGACCGUAAUGCAUAACAUAAAAACACUUAUUGAGUUCAUAAGGCCACCCUCUACUCCAUCAUCCCCAACUGUAACCUUUCAGACCUUUGUUUUGUUUUAAAAACACUUUUCUGAACUUUUGGACUGUCGUACACACCUCCCCACCCUACCCCGAGUGUGAAUAUGAACAUCGACAGACUCCACUAGUGGAUGUGUAUAAUGUUUAAGUACCAUGACGUCUUCUUUUUUUUUCCCCUUCUUUUUUUGUAAACUCUUUUUAAUUUGUGGAUUACCAGUUUAUUGGAAUGGAAAAAAAAUAAACUUUUUAAUUUUUAA